AUGGAAAUGCUUAAGAAGCUGCAUGUGAACAUCCCGUUCGUCGAGGCUUUGGCCAAGAUGCCGAAGUACAAUAAGAAGAAAUUAGAGGAUCUUUCAACGGUUCUGAGCGAGGAGUGUUCUGCUGUCUUGAAGAAAAAGCUACCAACGAAGAUGACUGAUCCUGGUGCUAGCAUAAAUCUCAUGCCCAAUUCCAUCUUUGCUAAGCUUAACCUAGGAGAGCCGUCCCCUACGCGCAUGAGUAUUGAGCUCGCCGAUCGACCGGUUAAGUAUCCGAGGGGCAUCGUGGUGAACAUAUUGGUGAAAGUCGACAAGUUCGUAAUUCCAGUUGACUUUGUCAUUCUCGAUAUGGAUGAGGACUCUGAGGUUCCGUUGAUCUUAGGCCCUCCAUUCCUUGCCGCUGCACGAGCAGUCAUUGACAUAUAUGAUGGCAAAUUGACUCUUAGUGUCGAUAAGGAUGAAGUUACUUUCUAUAUCCAGCGUUCCAUGAGGCACACCCGACAACAUGAUGACACUCUUUAG